UUAUUUCUGUUUGAAAAGUUUAUUAGUGUAAAAUAUCCGUCGUAGUAGGGUUUUGGAUCUCGCUUGUUCUCGUGUUGUAACGUUAUUCGGACACAAAAGUCAAAAAGUCAAGAUGUUCACAAAUCUGUGUCGUAGCCACCUGAGGACUGUGGGCCUAUGUAUUCGUGUCCAGGCUAGGCGCAAUAUCGGCUGCUCAGCUGUUCUUUCCCAGACCGCAGAAGACCCAAUCCAGAAGCUCUUUGUACAGAAAAUCAGGGAAUAUGCAGAGAAGAAAAAGUCAUCAGGAGGCAAGAUGGAUCUCCCAGCCGACUCUCAAAAAGAACUGAAGAAUGAGCUGUCACGCAUCGAGACCCAGUUUCAAGCCUCAGGCGUCGAUAUGACUAAAUUCCCAACAUUUAAUUUCAAAGACCAGCCUUUGGAAGUACCAGCAGCUCCAGAAAAAACAGCUGAGAGUUUGCCGUUAUAAUUUGUUUAAAUAACUAAGAAAUACAAUUGAAC